GUGAACUACCGCGGCGGCACUUGUGACGGCGUAGUGUGGUGCCGUAUGAAAAACUUGCAUGAUAUCAUAAUGUAUGCAGGCUGAAGAGUUUCGCUGGUAAUCUGUCCCCUUAUCUGUCCGUUGCGGCCCCAAGAAUUUUUAAAAAUGUGCAGUUUAACGUGCUUUCCGGCCAGUGAUUGUAAUUGCGUUUCGCAAUGUUACCGCACUUUAUAAUCGCACAUAAAAGUGCUUAUUAAUAUAGUGAGAUUAAUUCAUACAUUUUAUUUCAUUACGGUCGAAAAGAAAAAUUUCUCGGUCCAGUGUAGUUUCUUUUUUUUUUUCUCAACUGUGUUUAACGUACACGCAAUAAAUCAUAUUUUGAUCGUGAUUGUGAUUAGCGGGUACUUAGUGGACAUGGAGGAGGGAAAAUGCUGGGUACUCGUGGGUUUUAGAGUUUUGGGCUUUUGGGGACCUCGACUAGCCGGUUUUUUUUUUUUUUUUCAUUUCUAGUUGGCAACACUGGUUGUGAUGCCAUAACGGCGCGCAGGACUAUGGGGAUGUUGUUAUUCCUGAUAUUAGUGUUUUGAUGUCGUAUGUAUAUAUAUUUUUUCCAUGAUCAAAAGAGCUGUGCACUCACGCCAGUACUGCAGCCGAUAACAACUCAAGCAGGCGAACUAGUGGACCUGCGCUGCAAAUGAGGUUCUGCAGCUAUGGAUGGACAAGACGACGAAUAUUACACUUCAUACGACUCGUAUCGAAUGGCACCGCAAUGCAAGCUCCUGGAAACUAUAUAUGAAAAUCCAAAACUACGCACCGAUGGUUUAAAGCAGUUCACAUCGGUAAGGAAAUAUAAACGGUUCAUAGACUUCACGGCAGGACCAACGGCAACCAAAAAGUGGAAACGAAGCCAAAAAGCGCGAAAACUAGCAAGCAGUCGCCUACUCCACGCCUUUGGAGCUUCUGACAAUUGUGACGACCUACAACACUCGCUCCGCUCUGUGCGAAAUGCGAGAGCGCGCAUGCCGCCGUCGUAUGAGAACAGAAUCUCGCAACAGAGCUCUGAAUCACGAACGGGAUUACAUGGUUGCUACAAAAGUGCUACUGUUUAUGGACGUGUGCGAGAGACGAAGAACGGGUCUGCAAGCCACGAAUGGCAAAAUGAGUCGCAUGUAGUGCCUGUGUGUGCUGGUAACUUUGAGUUGCCCGAAACUUUUGUUGUGUCUAGCACGGACUUAAUUGUCGAGGAGGCUGCCACUGUUGAACUGCCCCUUGAUUGCAGAAACAAGAAGGAAGAAACUCUAGGCUUCUAUGAUAAUAUGGAAUGUCGAGAACAUGAGUGUGAUGAAAAUCACACUGGUGCGAGCAAUAGUAUACCAUGGUGUUAUGCACUGCCUUGUACACAGACCAAGGAAAAUCAGGCUGCGUUUUGUUACAACAGUGGUGAUCGGUCACAGGUGAUUGACUGUAGAAGUGGUGGUUUGUGUCAGAAUAGCCCAGGAGAGCCCUUUAACAAGGCACUGCCUUCCGAAGGCUUUUACGCAAUUUGUGACAGGAGACCUCUGCAUUCCUGGGCAGCAUGCCAAGAUGACGAUGUAUCUGACACUGUGGUGGAACUGGUUGCAGUGAUUGAGACGACACACAGUCUCUGUGACAGUGUUGUGAAAGACAGCAGUGCAUCUGCUAAUCAAAACAGUGUGAGCUGUCUGCUAAACCAGGCUAUAGAAGCUAGCAAUGGUAGUGUUACUUAGCGUUAUUUUGCUAGCUUUUAUGCACAUGUACACCACAUGUGACAAUCAGUAGUAUACAAGAAGUUUGUGAUCAUGCCUUUGUUGUUCUUGUUAUGAAAAAACAAAUGAUGUAUGCUUCAAUGCAAGAAGUGUUUGCAGUGCAUUUGAAGGUAUAUGCUAUGCAAUCCAGUCAAAAUACAAAUUGUGCUCUUCUGCCUUCCAUGGCUGAGCACAAAUGCAGGAAGUACUUGUUUAUUUUAUUGCUCCUGCUGUGUGGGGGAGUCUAGCAAUUGUUGCUGGCCUGGCCAGCAUGCACAUUUCUUCACAGAUGCUGGGACCAAGGUAGCACUUCCUUACGUAGCUGCCCUACUAUUACAUGCCAGAAAUGUGUUUCGUUGAUAAGUGUCAGCUUGUCCAAGCAUGGAUUCACAUUACGCAAACAGCUUUGAUUGCAUUGCAUGGUUCUUUUGAGACAAAGUGUAGUGCCUUUAACAUUGUUCCCCAAGAGGUGGUCUUUUGUUGUCUUUGUACUUUAUUUCAAGAACUGCCACAAUAGUGAACAAAAAUGUUCUAGUUCUGUAUAAAAAAGAAAAUAUAUGGCAAAAAGAAAAAGAAUUAUAUGGCAGCUGGUCAUGCUUCUUCUUUUCAAGUAACUCCUAUAGACAGUGAAAUCAAGAAUGCUUGAACAGCUCCUUCAAAGGAAGCCUGCUGUACCUGCUCUCCAUGCCUCCACACUCCCUGAAGUAUUUCCCCUACAGAUUCAAAGGAAAUGGAGACCUUGCAGUACUUCAGCGGCAUCGAAAUGUUACAGUCAUGCACUAAACUCAUGAACUGAGUGUGUUUGGGGAUGGAAAAAGAUUGCUCACAGCAAAAACCCAAUGUGCGCACUGCAGUGGCUAAGUGGCUCUGUUCUGCUGCUGAGCACACGGUUGCAGGUAUGAUAUCCAGCACUGGUGACUAUAUUCUGAUGGGGGUGGAAUGCAAGAAUGCUUGUGUACUAAGCUCUGGGUGCUCUUUGAAGAAUCCCAGGUGGUCAAUUCGCUGUGCCACAAAAGCAUCUUGAGUCUUGUUAACAUCCAUUACUAUGAAAAAAAAACUCCAGACAGGGUGCGCUGUUCAUCACAUGAUAUAGCUGUGGUAAGGGGAGUACAACUGAAUUCAGAGCCCUGCAUCAUUAUGGUGUCUAUCACAGCACUUAUGUUGCUUUGGAAUGUUGGACACCAUCAGUCAACCAAUUGACAAUUUGCAAAAUAGUGAGUGCCACUUCGUGUUUUCUAACCACAUACUCUCAUUCACAGACUGCAUCUCUCCCGUCAAGUGCCUUCCCCCUCCAAAGGCCACAAAAGCUUUUCCAAAAUUACUGCGAAAAUUCCAGGACCUCGUGUUGCCCUAUACCCGCAGACCCACCCCACAGACUCUGGCAGAGUAGAGGCAUGGACAGGGUUCACCGGUAAUAAAGGGGAAGAUGUUGAACAGGAACGAUAGUUCAUUUUGCUAGUCUGUGGUCAUGGUUACAUGGUUACUUGCACAUGCACGGCAACAUUUUUGCUAUAGGUCAAUUAGUAAACACAUGCACAGUAAUUCGGGGUAUUUAGGGUUAGGAAAGGAGCUACGUGAUCAUGUACCCAAAGAACCUUUUCUCUAUUUCUCCCAGUAAGCUGCCAUUCAUGACUAAGUGCCUGCUGUAUACAGUUCAGCCCAUUUUUGUUCAUUUGGCGAUUUCCUUCUCAUGAUCCAGGUCCCCUGUCACUACUUGGCCUAGAUAAACAUACCCUUUCACAGCUUCAAGAUUGGCUAGACUGGGGUAUACGUCAGAGGAAGACAGGUGCCCUCAGUCAAUCAACACUUCAGCAGCAGACGAAAUGGACAUGCCCACUAGGUGGACACUUGCAGAAUACUACCCCCCCCCCCUCAAGUUAUGAACUUGUUUCCUAGCCUGGCUACUGAAUGUUAUAAAUUUUCAAACCUGUCCUCAGUCAUUUGUUGUAAGUACAAAAAUUUCCUAAUCAAAUCAAACAUUUCUGUUAAGAAUAAUUGACCUUCAAAAAUCAAAUGCCAUAUAUUUUCUAUAUUUAUAAACUAAAGAAAGGUUGCGUGUAGUAAAUUGGUUAAAUAAAAAGCCUCAUCUACAUUAUUUGAUGCAUGUAAUACUGUUCAUAAUGACAAGUGAGCAGCUUGUGAUUGGAAAAAAAAAGGCUAUUAUAACUGAAACAGUAUCAUAUCUGGUAUACCAUGGCUAUUAAAGUAAUGAAACAAAGGAAUGGCACAACAUGAGGUGCUUGUAGAGAGUAGUGUUCACUGAAGGAGCUAAGUUCAGUACUACAGCACUGUAAAUCUGUUCAUGUGAAUGCAAACAUGGUGGCAUUGGCCAAGUUACAGCUUGCUUUGCUUAAAUAUAUAAAAAAAAAAUCGAGGCUGCCUAUGUUUGAGGCAUUUUUGUUGAACAACAGAAAAUUAUUGUGCAGAAGUUGGCUGCUCAAUGUGAUCGCUCGGGAACUGGUGCUUCUGCACUGUAACCGUGACUAUCGUGCAGCAGGAUUGUCAAAAACACCCACCACUUGCACUUGCAUUCCUCCCUGUAGAUUCUAAUAAGUGUCGCUAUCUUUUAUAUUUGAACAGAAAGAAAUAUUCGGCAAUUUCGAAUAGCACAUUCUUCAUUCAAAUACGAAUUGAACAGCAAAGAGUAUUUGAUUUAUGUUCGAAAUUUCAAAUAUUCAGACAUCUGUAGUUGUAAGCUAUCUUUACCGUUGUUGGACAGAACAAUGUAACCUAAUAUUCACAAGUUGUCUUUAUAUUCUCUGAUAUUCCUUAUAUUUAAUCCUUCGAAAUGUUGUGUAUACAAGUGGGGAUUAAAAAAAAAAAAAGCUGACUGA